CUUUCCGCGCCGCUGCGCUCGUCGUUCGGAGGGUCGGGGUGUCUGUCUGUGAUGGACUAUCGAACGCGUUUGGGCCGUCGGUGUGAUAUCUAAACGAGGGAAGUCUGUACUUUGACGGAAGAGGCAAUUUGCUCUUCUUAGUUACCGUUUCAUUCCGCUACGAAGGCCGGAGGAAGGAGCGAGGCGAGGCGAGGCGAAGCGAAGCGAAGCGGCCGGUUUCUCUCUCUCUGGGCCGCGCUGACACACACACACACAGCCCGACUCUCUCUCCCGCCCCGGUUCGCCGCUAAACUAGUAUUCAUUUUUGGACUAUUCAUUCCCGCGUCUAUUGCUCGCCUUUUUCGGCGCGGCUCGGGCUUUUCCGUAGAUUUAACAGCUCCACGUCGGUCUGUGUAGGAGGUUUGAACGCGGUGCCCGGUCCGGACCGGUCUGUGUGUUGUUGUUGUUGUUGUUGUUGUGUUAUUGAAAGUUAGCAUGAAAUUUUCCUCAGGCUCAGCUGCUUUUUUCUGAGGCGAUGGCUCAUGCGGGGGGCGUGCAGUGGCUCGUGUAAUAGGACUUUUCCAUCAAAUGCACGAAUAAGCAAAGCGUGUCAUCGCCUCACAUUUCAUCGCGCUGAUCUGAUUUUCCAGGAAAAACAAACAAGUCGCUCUGCACUGAAAAUGUCGUUUUUUAAUUUCCGCAAAAUCUUUAAAUUGGGCGCAGACCGGAAGAAGAAGCAGUACGAGCACGUGCGCCGCGGGCAGAAUCCCGAGGAGGUGUGGGAGAUCAUCGGGGAGCUGGGAGAUGGAGCCUUCGGCAAGGUGUACAAGGCUCAGAACAAGGAAACAGGAAUUCUCGCGGCUGCCAAGGUCAUUGACACGACAAGCGAGGAGGAGCUGGAGGACUACAUGGUGGAGAUUGACAUCCUGGCCUCCUGUGACCAUCAGAACAUCGUUAAGCUGCUCGACGCCUUCUACUAUGAAACAAAGCUAUGGAUCCUGAUUGAGUUCUGUGCCGGAGGUGCUGUCGAUGCCAUCAUGUUGGAACUGGAGCGCCCCCUGACGGAGCCCCAGAUCAAGGUGGUGUGCAAGCAGACCCUGGAGGCCCUGAUAUACCUACAUGAGAACAAGGUGAUCCACAGGGACCUGAAGGCUGGGAACAUCCUGCUCACCCUGGAGGGCGAUGUCAAGCUGGCUGACUUUGGUGUGUCAGCCAAGAACACAAAGACUCUUCAGAGGAGGGACUCCUUCAUUGGGACGCCGUACUGGAUGGCUCCUGAGGUGGUGAUGUGCGAGACGUCCAAAGACCGGCCAUAUGACUUCAAGGCUGAUAUCUGGUCUCUGGGCAUCACGCUGAUUGAGUUGGCGGAGAUUGAGCCCCCGAACCAUGAGCUGAACCCCAUGAGGGUUUUACUGAAAAUAGCCAAGUCAGAACCUCCCACUCUUAUGCAGCCAUCACGAUGGUCCCCGGAGUUCAAUGACUUUCUGCGGAAAGCACUCGACAAGAAUGUGGACAACAGAUGCAGCAGUGCUCAGCUGCUGCAGCACUCGUUUGUUACAAGUGUGAGUGACAACAAGCCCCUGCGAGAGCUCGUAGCUGAGGCCAAGGCUGAGGUAACAGAGGAGAUUGAGGAGGGUAAGGAGGAGGAGGAGGACGAAGAGCCCGACCCACAGCUAGUGGAGCCCGGACACCAUCGCGCGCCAUCCGACGUGAGUGCGGGCAGCUCAGAGGAUGAGAAGCUCUCGCAGUCCACCUCCAUCCUGGGGUCUGUGACGGAGAAGAAGGAAGAGGAGAGCGCUGAGGAAAAGGCCCGUGACAAGCUGUCUGACAAGGGCGUCGUCGCCGGUGAGGCCAACGAGUCGGAGCACAAAAAGUUGACUGAGAUGAAUGUUUUGGAAGGUGCCAGCGAAGAUGGCGUCGGCAAGGAAGCACCUCCAGCCAGGCCACAUGCUGCACUACGUGCUCAGCAGCCACUAAAGACCACAGAUACAGAAGUGCAAGCCAAGGAGGUGGUGGAGGACAGCAAGCAGGAGGAGGAAAUGUGCCCUGCAGAGGCACCUGAAGGAUCUCUGUCCCAGAACAAAGCAAUAGACACCUCUGUAGACGUACCUCCAGAGGUGUCCAGACAGAGUGAGGCAAUUCCCUCAAAUGCAGACAGCGAGAAGGAGGAGAAGGACUUGGACUCAGGGAACAGUUCUGUCGCAGAGAACAGCAGUGGUGAAGUGAACCUCUCCAUCUCAAGCUUCCUCUCUAAAAACAGUGAGUCUGGAUCCAUCUCUCUACAGGACAUGAAGCGGCAGAAGAAGACCCUGAAGAAGACCCGUAAAUUCACGGUGGACGGUGUGGAAGUGAGUGUGACCACAUCAAAGAUAGUCACUGACAACGAUACCAAAAAUGAAGAGAUGAGGUUCUUGAGGCGUCAGGAGCUGCGAGAGCUGCGGCUGCUGCAGAAGGAGGAACAGAGAGCACAGCAGCAGCUAAGCACCAAAUUGCUGCAGCAGCGUGAGGGCAUCUUCCGCCGCUUCGAGCAGGAAAUGGCGGGCAAGAAACGCCACUAUGACCAGGAAAUGGAGAGUCUGGAGAAGCAGCAAAAACAAACGGUGGAGCGUCUGGAGCAAGAGCACACAAACCGCCUACGUGACGAGGCCAAACGCAUCAAAUCAGAGCAGGACAAAGAGCUUGCCAAGGUCCAGGCUGCCAUGAAGAACCGUAGGAAGGAGGUGAAAGAAGAAGUGGGCCUCUCCCCCAAACACAUGAGAAAACAGCUCAUGAAACGUUUAAAAGAGGAUCUUUCGCACAUCGAACAUGAAGAGGAGCAAGAGUUCCUGCAAAAACAGCAGCAGGAGCUGGACAGUGCCCUGAAGAAGAUCAUCCAGCAGCACAAGCAGGAGAUCGCCAACAUCGAGCGCGAGUGUCUCAACAGGAAGCAGCAGCUCAUGAGAGCACGGGAAGCUGCUUUGUGGGAGCUGGAGGAGCGCCACCUGCAAGAGAAACAUCAGCUCCUGAAGCAGCAACUGAAGGACCAGUACUUCAUGCAGAGACAUCAGCUGCUGAAGAGACAUGAGAAGGAAAUGGAACAGAUGCAGAGCUAUAACCAGAGGCUCUUGGAGGACCUGAAGAUGCGCCAGGCGCAGGAGAGGAGUCGGCUGCCCAAGAUCCAGCGCAGCGAUGCCAAGACACGGAUGGCCAUGUUCAAGCAGAGUCUACGCAUCACCCCCAGUGGAAACCCAGAGCAAGAUCGGGAAAAGAUCAAGCAGUUUUCAUUCCAAGAGGACAAGAGGCAGAAGACGGAGCGUCUACACCAGCUGCAGAAGCACGAGAAUCAGCUAAGGGACCUGCAGCUCCAGGGUGAAGGCAACGUGCGGGAGCUGCAACAGCUACAGAAUGAGAAGUGUCACCUUCUGGUUGAGCAGGAGACACAGAAGUUGAAAGAGCUGGAUGAAGACCACAGCCAGGAGCUGAAAGAGUGGAGGGAAAAACUGAGGCCCCGGAAGAAGGCUCUAGAAGAAGAAUUCUCCAGGAAGUUGCAGGAGCAAGAAGUCUUCUUCAAGAUGAGUGGCGAGUCAGAGUGUCUGAACCCCUCUGCUCAAAGUCGCAUCUCCAAGUUCUACCCGGUUCCUAGCGUUGAGUCAUCGGGGCCGUGACCACACAGCUGCCGCCGUGACCACAGAGCUGCCACCGCACCCUGCAGCAGUCGCAACUUUGUGGCUGAGUUUUGCUUUUCAUCCCUUUGCAGACAACUGCAGCUGUGCAGUGACACAACUUUGUUUAGAGUUUUUUUUUUUUUUUUUUUUUUUUUUUUUUUUUUUUUUUUUAAAACUUCAUUUCAGGUGGUUUCUUUUACUUCUCUAAGAUGAUUUUUCUAAUCUUUGGCAGUAAUCGCAUUGAAAUGGGUCCAGUUUUACAUUCUUCUAGUACAGGUGCUGAUUAUAAAUGUUGAUUUGUGCUUGCUGUCUGUGUCAGACGUUUCCUUUGGCUUCCCUCACAUAACGAAUGUAAUUUGUUCCUCAAAACCUGCUCGAGAGGUCAACUCUUAUUUGCCAUUGGUCGAAACUGAACAAAUCAUACAUAGCUGAGCCACAAAAGAUUCACCCCCCCCCCCCUUUUUUUUUUUUGCCCUAAUCUGUGGCUAAUUCCUGCCUUUCAAACGUUAAGAAAAUCAAGUUUAGCCCAAAUGCAGAAUAUCAGAACACUCCCUAAGUAGCCAAUUCUACUAUAGUUAUUGGACUAACAAUCACGGCUGAACUAUUUCUGAAUUGUUUGUUGCAAAAUAACAACAUGAAAUCACAGAGAAGCAAAUUUAUUACCUAAAGUUUUCAACUGAAGGCUUUGCUUUUCCUUUUCAUUUGGUACUUUAAAACCUUUUUUAUCAAUCAUUAUUAUCAUUGAUGGUUUUACUGCAUAAGUCAGUUUUGCUGAGAGAUGCUUGUGAACAGAAAUGUGUAGAAGCCACACCCCAUUGGGGAGAGCUGAUCGAUGGCAGCAAAGCUUCUGUUCUGAACUGAAAUGUUUCUCCUAAGGCUUUUCUCCUGUGCCUUUCUCCUGUAACUUAUGCAAAAUUUAGCGUAUAAAUUAUAUGUGCUUUUAACCGCACGUUUUCGUAAUUUAAGCACUUGUUAUGCGAGGGAAGACUGUAUAGCAUUUUUCUGUUCUCGUUGCUGGUCAGGUAACAAGCUACGAUGUGACAUUUUUCUUUAUAAAUCGAAUAUGGUCCAAGCUGUGCUCCAGGUUAUGAAAAUGAGUCAUGUUGAGGAUGUUCCGGAGGAAACGAGCAGACGAAGAAUCCUGACAUCCUGUUGAUGGACUGCGUAGCUGCUUUGUACCAGGACCCCAAGUGACUCUCACAAAUGGUGUGAUAAAGGCUCUUGUGUCAGACCCCUGGCCCUCUGGUGUGGGGGGUGGAGCUUCCCUUGAGCAUCUGUUUGGUCUGAGAUGGGGUCAUCAUCCUUACACAAAGUAGCAGGUGGUGCAGUGGUUACAGUCAUAGACUUGUAGCCUGACAGAUGGUGGUUCAAGUCACAUUACUUCUUACUGCUGCAGUACCUUUGGUCAGGGUACUUGAAUUACUCCAGUAAAAAUACCCAGCUGUGAAAAGGGUCAGACACUGUAUGUUGCUUUGGUUAAAAGCAUCCAGUAAUCAAUAAGUUACAGUAAAAAUUAGAAUAGACAAAGUGCUCCUGUCCUCAGUGUUGCUCGUCUGGUGUUCCUGUAUAAUCUGUGAGAGCUGUUAUUUUUAUAUGGACUUGCUUUUUAAGGAAAAAUAGCUGUAUAAUCUUUAAUUAUCGCCAUAUUUUUAUAAAAAUGUUAGAAGCUGUGCUACUUUUUGUCAUUUGAUGGCCAAGGUGGCGACUCGCAGGCAACAGCGUCAGGGCUGUAGGAACAGACUGUUUUAUGAACAAUUGCAAUGUGUAAAUAUAAAUCUCAGAUGCCAAAUGGGUCUGUCAAGUCCAUUCAAAUGGAGAUUUAUAGAAAUGGUGUGUGUUUCUCAGAGCUGGAACUGAGUGCGUGCGUGCGUGCGUGCGUGCGU